AUGGCACACCAUGAUUCCUACCUAAUCAUCGGUGCCGGCGUAUUCGGUGUUUCCACCGCUCUGCAUCUGAUCAAAAAGUACCCCAAUGCCUCGGUGACGCUGGUUGACCGGGACGCGUUCGACGCCGACAGCCGGGUGGCGGCCUCGUGGGACUGGAACAAGGUGGUGCGCGCCGACUACGACGACAUUGUGUACUGCGCGCUCGCGCUCGAGGCGCAGGACGUCUUCCGCGCGGACCCCCUCUGGCAGCCGCACUUCCACGAGACGGGCAUCUUCUGGAUGUCGCGCGACGACUACGCCGACGACGUCAUCCGCAACUACAAGGCCCUCGGCCGCAAGGCCGACCUGGCCCGUGUGCCCGUCAGCGAGGCCCGCAAGAUGCACGGCGGCGUCUUCCAGAACGCAGACUACAGCGGCGUCAAGAACGUCCUCGUCAACAAGACGAGCGGCUGGGUCGCCGCGGGGGACUGCCUGCGCAGCGUCACCCGUGCCGCCAUGGCCCGGGGCGUCCGCUACGUCGUCGCCGAGGUCGCGGCCGUCACGCUGGGCGAGGACGGCGAGUGCACCGGGGUUGUGACAAAGGCGGGCGGGCGCCUCGCGGCAACGCACACGAUUGUCUGCACCGGCGCGUACACGCCCAAGCUGCUGGACGUGUCGGCCACGGAGACGGGCGUGGCGGAGCUCCGAGCCGGGCAUCGGAUUGUCGCGGGCGGCAUCACUACGGGCAUGACGACGCUCAAUGACAGCGACUUUGCGCGGCAUGAAAAGAUGCCGGUUGGUGUGCAGUGGUAUUCCACCUACGCACCCUUCAUCGGCAGUCUCCCCCCAACGCCCGAUCGUGAGCUCAAGUGGUGGGGGCAAACCAUCUUCCGAAACACGACCGAAGUUGCGCCCGGCCGGCUCAUCUCGAUGCCGCCGCCGCAGGAGGACUACAACCAGUGGAUCGUGUCGGAGCGGCUCAAGGACGACAUCCGCCACGCGAGCCACGUCUUUUACGGAGACCCGAGCAAGAGCUGGAAGCUAGACAAGUAUCGCAUCUGCUGGGACGCCUUUACCACGAGCUCCGACUUCAUCAUCUCGCCGCACGCGGCGGCCAAGGGGCUCUACCUGGCCACGUGCGGCUCGUUCCACGGCUACAAGUUCUUCCCGGUCCUGGGCAAGUACGUGGUGCAGAUGCUCGAGGGCGAGUUGUCGCCUGAGCUGCAGGCCAAGUGGGCGUGGGACCGGCAGCGGCCUGACCCGGCGAGAAACCCGGACUGGCCGCGCGUGGAGAUGAGGAACUACUUGGACAACAACCUUGCUGCGAAGCUGUGA